UACCCAUCGUUAUAGGCUUCGCCUCUGGCAGUUUCUUUUUUUUUUUAAAGGCAAGCUCAAAGCCGCAGAUCAUACAUUUUGCUCACAAACCGUGCGGGUUAAAUAUCCUACAGAGGGAGAGGCAGCGGGAAUCAGGCGCUUUCCUUUCGCAUUUGGAGUGCGUAAACGGCACCGGGCAUCACUGAGGGAACAGAUACGCUCGUUUUGGAUAUUUUCUGCUCUUUUUUGAUUUAUUUCAAGGCUGCAGGGCUGUGCUUUGGCAGCAGAGAGAGUGGGCUGCGAGUAUUGGAUCAUUUUGGACUUGAGCGCGCAGAGCACCUGUGGAUGCUGAUGUUUGGACUGAACCCUUUUGCAAAGACAAGAUUUAGUUGAUAUUCACAGCAAGUGUCGAUCAGAGAAGCUCCGUUCAAGACGAGAAGAGCGCACCAUGCUCCUGCGUGUCCCCUUCCUGGUGGUCCCUCUGCUGAGCAUCACGGGCUGCGGCUCGUCCUACGUGCCGUGCCAGCCGUGCGACCAGAAGGCUCUGUCCAUGUGUCCGCCGGUGCCGGUGGCCUGUCAGCUGGUCAAGGAGCCCGGCUGCGGCUGCUGCCUGACGUGCGCGCUCGAGGAGGGCCAGGCGUGCGGCGUGUACACGGGGCCGUGCACGCGCGGGUUCCGCUGCCUGCCCAAGAACGGCGAGGAGAAGCCGCUGCACGCGCUGCUGCACGGCCGCGGGGUGUGCAGGAACGAGAAGUUGUACAAACUGCUGCAUCCGUCAAAAGAUGGUGACUCUACUAAUGACAUGCUACCAGUCCCAGAGUCCAUGCUCCCCCAAACCAAGGUACCGUUAUACAGCAGAGACCACAUCAGCAGUCGGAAGGCACAGGCCAUGAAGCAGGCGCAGGACCGCAGGAAGCAGCUGGCGAGGCUUGGACAAACCAGCACCCUGGACUUCACUCCGCUGAGCAUCGACAAACUGGAGCCUGAGUUUGGACCCUGCAGGAGACGACUGGAUAAUCUCAUCCAAAGCAUGAAGGACACUUCUAGGGUUUUGGCUCUCUCACUUUACAUCCCCAACUGUGACAAGAAGGGUUUCUUCAAGCGCAAACAGUGUAAGCCGUCUCGUGGUCGUCGGAGGGGGAUCUGCUGGUGCGUCGACCGCUUCGGCGUGAAAAUCCCUGGCAUCAACUACGCCGGAGGAGACCUGCAGUGCAAAGAGCACGACAGCAGCAGCAACAGCAACGAAUGAUAGAAGAAAAAUGCACCUCGAGCCCUGUUCUUCUGUAAACCUGCCAAUCAAGCUAGCACGCUAAAUGACUGCCAAAUCAGGAAAAUGUGGCACAAAUAGUUAUAUAUAUGGUCAGGUGUGAUGGACUGCGUUGUUUUUGUUGUGUUGUAAAAGGGGAGUUGAACCGAAGUCCUUGCUUGGGUUAAAGUGUGCUCAUGUAGGUCUCAAUUUUUGCUCCCAACUGACUCUGUUUGAGGUUAGCUAACAUCACACCUCUUUAUAUCCAUAAAUAGAAUAGAGCAUUAUAUAUAUUUGUAUGAUAUUGAUGAUAUAUUGUGUACUUCUGAGUCUGUUUAAUUUUACUAAGAAAUUGUAGGACAAGACAUAUUUUAAAUGUGGCUACAAAUCAUUAUUUUUUCUCAUUUGAGUCAGUUUUGUCAAAAUUAGCCAUGUAGUGCUAACUGUUAGUCGUGUUAAUCAUAUCUUGAUGUAAGAUGAGUUCUCAUAUUGUCAUCACAUGGAGGGAAAUGGCCUAAAAGUGGGCUGGAGUCAUUGAAAAUGCUAAAGCUGGGGCAGCAGGAUAGCUAUAUCUGGCUAGCAUAGCUGCUUGUUGCUAAUUAGAGGCUUUCAGCUUCAGAAAGCAAAAGAGAAUAAUUUCUAACUUAUAGACAUAACUGUAAUAAUAUCUUUGCAGAAAUUAAGAUGAAGAGAUUGACACCACUUUGAUGUCAGUUCAUUAAACAUCCAGCCAGGAAUUGUGAUUGUUAGCCUAGCAUUGCGCACAUAGAGGAAAGCUAGCAGUUCAAAUGUGUAAAAAAAAAAAAAAAAAAAGCACCUCUGUAGCUUAAGUAAUCUAAUGUUAAGUGACUUCUGGGUAUAUUCAUACCAAAGUUAAAUGUAAUAGAAUGAGCAAGAGCCUUUUACUAAAGUUGAAGCAGCUGAAGCAUUGCUAUUCCGUUAGCAUAGCCAGUUUUAACUUAUUUGAGGCUAGCUAAAAUAGGCUACCUACUAAAAUGAAUAUUUUAGGAAACAAAUCUAAUUGCUUCUUUGGAGUGGAAAAAAAAUUAUAACACUUUAAUGUCAGUCCAUUAAAAAUCAAGCUAACAUCUGCAGUUUGUUAGCCUAGCAUUGCCCAAAACAGACAAUAGCUAACUGCUGAAAUUCUUUAAAUAAUCCACCAAAAAGCACCUUGGUAGUUCACUGUUGGUUCAAUUUUUGUGGUUCAAUUCAUACCAAAGUUAAGUACAAAAGAAUGAGAAAGAGCCUUUUGCUCAAGCUUUAUGGGCAGUACAGCUAACACUGUUUGGUUAGCAUAGCCGAUUUUCACUUAUUGGAGGCCUUAAGUCUUGCUACUAAAACAAAUGGUAACACUAUUUAGAAAAAAAAAAUGCUUUUUUGAGAGGAAAAGAUUGAUACCACUUUAAUGCUAGUCAGUUAAAAAAUCAGCUAUUAUUGUUUGGUUAGCAUAGCCAGAUUUAGCUAGUUGGAAGCUUGAGGCUAACAAUAAAAAACAUAUGGGUAAACAUUUUUUUAAUUAAAAAAAUCAGUGCUUUUUUGAGAUAGAGAUUGAUUUCACUUUAAUGCUGUCCAUUAAAAACCAAGCUAAGAACUGUAGCUUAGCGCUAAUAGAUGAUAGCAUCUCUUGGCUUGGAGGAUGACUUCCUGUUGUUUGCCAGCCAAAGAAAUUGAAAAAUCUGUCCUGUGGUAAGAUGAGUUUUUAUUUACUAUAAGAAAAUAUGACUGUUAAAUGAGCAGAAGCCUUUGGCUAAAUCUGUAGCUACAGGAUAGCUAUUACUGUUUGAUUAGCAUAGCUGGUUUUGCUGAUUGAAGGCUAUAGGCUAGCUAAUAACAGGCUACACAAUAAAAAGAACAAACAUUUAAGUAGGUAAACAUAAUUGCUUGCUUAAUUCUUACCACCUUAAUGCAACUCCAUGAAAAAUUAAGCUAACAAGUGGAGCUUGUUAGCCAAGUAUAGCAUAAAUAGAAAACAGCUAUUCAAAUGUUAAAAAAGUCCUCCAUAAAGUACCUCAAAAGCGAACUUAAUAUUAUGUUCUUAAUUUUUUGGUUCAAUUUACACCAAAACUUAACAGUUUGCCAUAAAAAGGGAACUAUUUCUUGGCUAAAAACAUUGACUUGGCUAACAUAGCCAGUUUUUGCUAGUUGGAGGCUUCUUGUCUGGCUAAAAACAGACUACAUGCUUGAAAGAAUAAACAUUUUAGUAAAUAAACACCAUUGCUCUCUUAAGAUGGAAAGAUUCAUUCCACUUUUAUGCAAGUCCAUAAAAAAUCUUUGUAAGCACUGCAGCCUGUUAGCCUAGCAUAGAGAUGGCUAGCUCAGUUCCGUUCAAAUGUUAAAUAUGCAUCAACAAGGACCUGAACAGCGAAUUUAAUGUCAUGUCUGUUAAUAUUAAUUUAAUUAAUGCCAAAAGUAAAGCAUUGACGGAGAAACUGACACUUAAAAGGGAAGUAUCUCUUGGCUAGGACCUGUAACUUCCUGUUGUUACUGUUAGCCUAGCAAAAGAUCAAAACCUAUGACAUAGACUCAAAAAUGAUGUAAAAUUCAACCUUAAAUUUGUGGAUAUCAAACCAGAAUAUUUUAUGCUUUCUGUGAUAAAAGGAGAUUUUUUUCCAUCCUACUUUAAGUAAAUACCGCCACUUGGCAGUGCACUUAGCCGUAACUGUAGCUCAUCAUCAGAAGAGUCUUGUAUGCUUCUACUUGUUAAACUUGGUUUUAUUUUAGGCAUUUAGCACAAAACCUGGUUCAUUAACAAACUGCAUUGUACAUUAAAAGCUUAGAUAUUUAAAACUGCUCUUGAAAGGCCUUUUCAAGUCCGAAAAACUGCGUCCACUGUUUGUAAAUGUAUGUACAGAGUGUGUGUGCAUGCUCCUGAGUGUCUGUAUGUGAAAUACUGUACUGUACUGUACGUGCCAUGCCCUUAUAUUGUUCUCAAAAAUCUCUGGUUUCAAUUCUCACAAGCUAUCCAAGCUACUGUCUGACACAGGGUGCUGUGCAUUUCCCUCCACACACAAAUCAUAUGCAAACGCCUCACGUUGGUCGUGGUUCCACGUGCAGGGUCUCCACAGGCAAAUCCGUCGGCCGAUGGGGACUUGGUUAAUCGGGUUUCUUAUCCUGCGUAGAGCCAGGUCGCUGAGUUUGUAUGGAAAUUCAAGUGCCUUCUGGCAAACGCCACUUUGAAUUUGAUUUGCAUGUGGGCCCAAUGUGUUGUUGAAAGAGGGACACUCCAGCACAAAAGUUUUCUGACAAGGUUCUCCCAGUCAGUCGCCAGCGUUUGUAGAUUUAAUCUCCCAGUUAUGAUCUCAGACAUUCCUGACGCAUUGACAGAGACUUAUAAACACUUACUGUUAAUAGUAGCACAACACAGGGACACUUUUAACUUCUCAAAAUCUCAGCUAAGACAGAAACAUUAAUGUGAACAUUAUGGUGAAAUAUUUAUCAGGCGUGUAAUUGAUGUACUCGUUUUUGUAAUGACAAAUCACUAUUUAAAUAAACUUCA